CACUCUAACAAACUCCAACUCUCAAUCCUUCUUUGUCUUUCCCAUUAGUUAGAGCGAAAAGUAUCUAAUUCAAUGGCUGCCUUAAAAUUCUUACUCUUUCUCACAGCCGCAAUAGCUUUGCUCUUUCUCCUCUCUCACUCCCCCCAAAACAACCACCUUCACCAUUGCCUCGAGCCUCAUUCCGAGUGGGAUGAUGACUUCAAUUUCACCAACAAUAUUGUCUGCCUCUUCCCACAAAUAGACAUCGACCCAACUGAUCACUAUGUAUCCGUCGAUGAACUUGCUCACUGGAAACUUCAUCAUCACCAAACUAACCAAUUCCAUCGCACCAAGAAAGAGAUGAUCAUUUAUGAUAACAAUCACGACGGUUUUCUCUCUUUCACCGAGUUCCAGUACCGUCUUUCAACUCCACCGCAAUACGCAGAAAUCCUGCUAUUUUGCUUCCUAGAUUCGAUUGCUUUUUGGAUUCUCUUCCUGGAUCGGCGUCAAGGUGCUGAUGAUUCUUUUGGUUAUGAUAUGAGACUGUUGGAAGAAGAUCAUUUUAAUGCAUCUGAUACAGAUGGAGACGGUCGUCUAAACUUAUCUGAAUUCAAUGAUUUUCUUCACCCGGCUGACAGCAACAACCAAAAGCUUCAACAAUGGUUGUCCAGGGAAGAAGUCUGGGAGCGUGAUACAGACAGAGAUGGGAAGGUCAGUUAUAUAGAAUUUGUCAACGGACUCUUUGUUACCAUAAGAUCCUAUGAUGAAGAAAGUUACGGUUAUUCACAUCAUUAUGAUGAUUCUAAGAAUGUUUAUGCUGAGUUUAUGUUUUCUCAGCUUGACAAAGAUGGUGACGGGUAUUUAUCAGCUAUUGAACUACUACCUAUAAUUGGAAAAGUCCACCCAUCUUGGCGUUAUUAUGCAAGGAAACAGGCAGAGUACUUUGUUUCACAGGCACAAGUUGGCAAAUAUGGGCAUCUUAAUUUGAAUGAGAUGAUUAAGAAUGCAGAUAUAUUAUAUGCUGCCAUUUUCCGCGAUGAGUUCUAUUAAGUAAGGACGGUUCUAUCCUAACCUACAUUCAGUGAAGAUUUUCGUUACAGAUCGGUGGAGAAGAAAGGGUUUGAAACAUUGUGGUCAACGAGUAUGGCUUCAUAAGCUGGCGGAUUACUAUUGGAAGGUAGUAGGUUAUCGUAAGAUUAAGAUAUUGAGUUGAAUAGCAAUCUCCUUGUAUCAGCAAGGAACAAAAUUGGUAGUUAGACUGACUGAUGGAAAAAAAUGGAUAUUCAACUGAUGUUACUAAUAUGCGAAGAAGAAUACUCAUGAAAUCAAAAAAGGAGUUGGUGCUGUGCUAAACUCACGUUUGGCAAUGCAGCAAGUGAAGUUUUGUUUUAUGAACAUGUUGCCUUAGUAAAUCAAGUCAGUAGCUAGUUGAUCUUUAGUUUUUUGUUUUGAUUUAUUGUUAUGCAUUAUGUUUCUUUUGUUGUCCUGAUUUUGUGACUUGGGUCCAAACUCUGUAAUUUUGACUGCUCUUUCCUUAGCAUUUCUUGUGCUUUGACUAGAGCAUAGUAAUGUAUUUCUUUGCAUUUUGGAAA